AUACUCUCCGUCGGCACCUCCGCAGCUUCCUGUCUGGCCUGCUUUGGUCUCAUAGGAUUCUACUUCUUUGUCGUCAUGGAUCACAAGCACUGGCGAUUCCGCCACUCGCUUAUCGUCAUUCUCAUCGUGUAUGAUUUCAUCAAGGUCAUGGCUUUGCUCGCAUACGAUAUCCGCGUGUUUCUCCAGCCCGUUAAAACCGUCAACUUCUGGCCUUUCUCGAAGGCCUAUGUCAAUGCCAGUGGCUGGUUCACCGCCUUUAGCAUUGAAGGCGCCGAUAUGGCGAUCCUCGCGUUUGCUAUACACACCUGUCUUGCGAUCUACCGACCGGACCUAGCGGUCAAGGUGAAAAAAGGCUCUGAGAGCCAAACCGAAGGCGGUUUGUAUCGCUUCAAAGCAUACGUCUAUCUCCUUUGCCUCUUGAUUCCGGUACUCCUUGCCAGUUUAAUGUUCAUUGAUAAGUCGGGGUACUUUGCCUAUACGUCCUGGGCAUACAUCCCGCCCCAACCUGUGUGGUACACGUUUGCGCUCUCCUGGGCACCACGGUACGCCAUCAUGAUCAUGAUCUGUGUCAUAUACGGUGCCAUCUACUGGCAUGUGAUGCGUAAGUUCAAGGAGGUGGGAGGAACGCUCAAGAGGAUGGGUAAGAACCAAAAAGUCCGACGGACCACCUACAACAACCUGGGGAAGGCGGCUAAUGCCACUGCUGCUAAGACUGGCGCUGACGCGAUGGCUGAAGCCGAUGAUCUCCAAGAAAACCUCCGCAAGCAAAACCUCCGAGCCUUCAAGGCCCGCCGCAACCAGAUCAGCAGACAACUCAAGUUCAUCUUCAUUUACCCUGUUGCCUACAUCUUUCUCUGGAUCAUCCCUUUUAUUCUCCACGUGACCCAGAGCGUCGACAUGGAAGCAUAUGUGCACAAAAUGUCCGAUCGCCACACCUUUCAGUACUGGAUCACAAUCUUUGCCCAGUGGAUGCAGUCCUUCAACUGCACCGUGGACGUCAUCGUGUUUCUCAUCCGCGAGCAGCCGUGGCGCUACUCCUUUGCUCGGCUCUGCGAGGAGGACUACGUGUCUGGGAGGUACACUGCCCUUCUUCUGGCGCUCCCCUGGUGGCGCCAGCAGCUUGUCUGGUUGCCCCUCCUCGGCUUGCCGGACUUUGGCCGUAGUCAACAAAUCUACCAAAAGCAAAUGACUGCGAAGCUUGUGAAAGCAGCUACUGCGCCGGCAGCAAAUCCUCACGACUUUAGCAACAUUUUGCUGGGGGAG